CCUGUGGCAGUGACUGAUUGAGAAGAAGCGCUUCCGGCAGCCUUGAAUCACUAAUCAACACACCAGCCUUCCGGGCCUGACGCGACCCUUGUCUCAGGCCUCUCGGAGUCGUACAGCCGCCCAGCCCCGCGCCUGCGACGUGGCAGUCCAUAGUGGAGCCUCCUUGCCUCGGUCCACGUCCAGAUGUCCCUGUGUCCGGGCUGCCUCAGCAUUAGGCGACCCCAGGACCCUGUGAUUGGCGCCUGCGCCUGCUGACGGGCAAGGAUCUUGCAUUAUUCUUUAUCUCUUCACAUGAUACCUGGCAUUCGGUAAAUGUUUGUUGAAUUUGAAGAGACAUAUGGGCAAUGAAUCUGGAAGGGGAGAACAUCCUUGGUCCUACAGUGCUGCUGACACUGACAUUUUUCUAAGUGGUCUUCAACUGCCUACUUUUUAUGUAAAUAACUGGCUAGACUUCACAUUUUUCACUACAGAAGCCCAUAACCUGCAGUUGCUAGAGAUUUUAAAACACUACUUUUAGGAUAUCAUCUACAUUUAACUUGAAAGCUCUUCCUUUCUUAUUCCAAAAUGUUGAGAUACUGGGGAGAGAUACCAAUCUCAUCAAGCCAGACCAACAGAAGUUCCUUUGACUUGCUCCCUCGGGAGUUCCGACUGGUAGAAGUCCAUGACCCACCCCUACACCAACCCUCAGCCAACAAGCCCAAGCCCCCCACUAUGCUGGACAUCCCCUCAGAGCCAUGCAGCCUCACCAUCCAUACCAUUCAGCUGAUCCAGCACAACCGACGUCUGCGUAACCUCAUUGCCACAGCUCAGGCCCAGAAUCAGCAACAGACAGAAGGUGUAAAGACUGAAGAGAGUGAGCCUCUUCCGUCCUGCCCUGGGUCACCUCCUCUUCCUGAUGACCUCCUUCCUUUAGAUUGUAAGAAUCCCAGCGCACCAUUCCACAUCCGGCACAGUGACCCAGAGAGUGACUUUUAUCGUGGGAAAGGGGAACCUGUGACUGAACUCAGCUGGCACUCCUGCCGGCAGCUCCUCUACCAGGCAGUGGCCACAAUCCUAGCCCACGCAGGCUUUGAGUGUGCUAACGAAAGUGUCCUGGAGACCCUAACUGAUGUGGCACACGAGUAUUGUCUUAAGUUCACCAAGUUGCUGCGCUUUGCUGUGGAUCAGGAGGCCCGGCUGGGGCAGACUCCCUUCCCCGACGUGAUGGAGCAGGUUUUCCAUGAAGUGGGCAUUGGCAGCGUGCUCUCCCUCCAGAAGUUCUGGCAGCACCGCAUCAAGGACUAUCACAGUUACAUGCUGCAGAUUAGUAAGCAGCUCUCUGAAGAGUAUGAAAGGAUUGUCAAUCCUGAGAAGGCCACAGAGGACACUAAGCCUGUAAAGAUCAAGGAGGAACCUGUGAGCGACAUCACCUUCCCUGUCAGUGAGGAACUGGAGGCUGACCUUGCUUCUGGAGACCAGUCACUGCCCAUGGGAGUCCUUGGGGCUCAGAGUGAACGCUUCCCAUCUAACCUGGAGGUCGAGGCUUCACCACAGGCUUCAAGUACAGAAGUAAAUGCUUCCCCUCUUUGGAACUUGGCCCACGUGAAAAUGGAGCCGCAAGAGAGUGAAGAAGGCAACGUCUCUGGGCAUGGCGUGCUGGGCAGCGAUGUGUUCGAGGAGCCCAUGUCAGGCAUGAGUGAAGCUGGGAUCCCCCAGAGCCCUGAUGACUCAGACAGCAGCUACGGCUCCCACUCCACUGACAGCCUCAUGGGGUCCUCCCCCGUUUUCAACCAGCGCUGUAAAAAGAGGAUGAGGAAAAUAUAAGGCAAAGAGGGAGAGUUGCUCUCCAGACCUAUAAGACCCAACAGAAAACCUUGAUGUAUUCUAAUUCGUUUCCAUAAACAGUGAUUUGACUUUUAUUCUUAAACACAGUGGGUUUUCCUGAUAUCAGUGGAACUAGAUUUAACCAAAUAAGUAAGUCUGCUUUUUCCUUUUGCAUCCAGUUUUUGUAGUUUUCCACAACAACCAAGCUACCUUUCACAGACAUCAUGACACUGGGAUGGUAAUCCAGAGACCAAAGCACUGUCCCUGACAUCUACUGUGUGACUAGACAAGUGACUUAGCUUCUCUAGAGCUGUUUCUCUUGCACAACUAAGAAGAAUCAUACUGCUUGACCUACCUUGCAGAGAUAUUAUGAAGAUGGAGAUGUUAAGCCUCAAAGCUGUGCUUGAAUAGACUCACAAGUAAAUAUAUGCUGGUAUCAGAUGUCAAUUUUUUUUUAACUUGCUUCAUUUUUGGUCCAAGUCCUUGGGAAUCCAGUGCUAAUACCUAAUAGGAAAUAGCUAAACAUUGCAUAGCUUAUUAGUAGUCUUUUUUUCAACCUGUUUUUGCUGCCCAUGAGGUCGCCUAUAAAGUCAGAGCGGUCUGUGGUAAACAGCCUUUUUGCUUAUUCAGACAGCCCUCUACUAUCUCAGCCACAUAUUUUCUUCUUCCUUCUCUAGACUUAUUCCAUGUAUUUCCACCAUCUUUAUUUUCUUAUUUCCAUUCAGAUUUUUUUUUUAUAUUUUCACCACGUACACUUUUUGAUUGCUCCUUUCAUUUUUCUCCUUUGUGAAUGAAGCAAACAGGACCUGUCCAAGGACAGGCUUAUGCGUAUGAUGCAUUUGUUGCAUCUGCUUGGCCAUCAGAGAACAGUCCAUUCCUUUGCCAGAAUUCUCUGCACAUUGUGUUUCUACUGGAUGGGCAGCCUCUAAAAGGAUAACAACAGUAUGCACCUUUCUGCUUUACAUCAUGUCUUGAACAACUUUACUGCUGUUACUCAUCCAUAGCAGUAUCUGCCCUGUUUGGCAUCCGAUAGUCUCAAUCAGUAUUUAUUAAGUAAAUGAUGUAGCACUGGAAUAAUCAGGAGUAAUUAGCAAAUGUGUGCAUGUUAAGUACUGCUGAAGUUUGGUUUGGGGGUGCAGAAUACAAGUCUUGUGAAAGUUAGAGCACUCCUUUAGUGGAGACCAGAAAUCAAGGCCCACGUCAUUGAGUGCCUUAAAUGUCCAGCACUGAGAAUAAAUAUGAAUGCAAUAGCAACAAAAUGAGGUUAUAAUUUAAACUGUUACCAGAUCAUUUAUAAGUUUGCUAAUCGUACAUCCUUGGCACAUUUAUCUAAACCCUUCCUGUUCCAGGCUUAGCUUCAUUUUCCCUUAUUUAUUGAUGAAAGUACACAUCAGGUGGUCAGUUUCCAUAAAGUAGCCACCUAGUAUUUAAUUCAUUCACUUAGCAAACAUUUAUUGAGUACCUAUUAUGUACUGGGUCCUCUGCAAGGGAUACACAGAUGAGUAAGACUGUCUCUGCCCUUAUGGAGCUGAUAGCAUAGGCCAGACAAGUUCCUCUUUAAGGAAAAAGUAUACAAAGGCACUAAGGGAAAAAAUCAGGUAUGUUCAGAGUUUUGCUGUGCAAAUGGUUUCCUCUUAAAGAACAGGUUCAAGUUUUUAGACCAGUGCUUCCCAUUAGUUAUAGAAUACUGAAAUUAAUACUUCAUGUAAAACAAAACACUUUUAUUUUUAGAAUGUUAGAGAAUAGGCACCAGAUGGUCAAGGUAGGGGUACUGUGAUAAAGCAGGUCAUAAGCACAUUGAUAUCUGAUAUUCACCUGGCCUAGAGUUACGUCAUAGGCUGUUUGAGUUAGAAUAUUGUUCUGAACUUAGCAUGCAUCAGAAUCCCCUGGAGGCCUUAGUAAAACGGACUACUUGGCCCCACGCCCCCCCCCCCCCCAGUUUCUGAUUUAGGUCUUGAAUGUCCCAUUUUUAGUAACUUCCCAGAUGCUGCUGCUGCUUCUGGUCCAGAGACCACACUUUGAGAACCAGUGAUCUGGAAUACAGGUUAGGCAGGAAUAAAAUUCCUUAAGAGAAAUGUAUAAUGUUUUAAGAUACCGUGAAGAAUGUGGAGGCAAAGCAAACCCUUACCAGGGCUGUUAUAUAUGGAAUGUGCAACUGACCCAAAUCCGUGGCCUUUGAGUAAAUCACUAAGGAUACACUGCAUUAAGUUAAAGUACAAAACAAACAGGGCCUGGCUUUGUACCUGGUUACUAGGUGUGGUAUGUACAUGGAACUUCAGUAAACAUCAUGUGGCUUUAAACCUCU